UUCUCACUCACCACUCGUAUCUUCACUUCUUCAGACUCCACAUGCUCUUCGUCUCAGUUUCUCCAAUGGCCACGUCGACGACCAGUUCCUCCGAUCACAGCCUCCCGGUUAGCAAGAAACGAUUUAAGCCGUUGAGUUUGAGAGAUUACCUCCUCGAUGAUCUUAGCUCUUGCUCAUCCAACGGCUUCAAAUCCUUCCCUCGUCAUCAAUCCACAACCGCCGAUAUCAGACGCCGUCUCACCUGCGGGUUGGCGUUUACUCACGCCGUUCAGAAAGCUUCCACGGCGUUACUCAGCGCCGUGAAACUCUUGCCGUCCCCUUCCUCCUCCGUUAAUCCUCCGUCUCAGAAGAAAAAGCUUUUCUCGAUAAGCUUCUCUAGAAACCUCUGGAAGAAACUUAGUUAUAACGUCGACGGAGAGAUGGAGGAUCGUAAACAAGAGAUCCAACGGUGCAUAUCGUUCGGUGAUUUUCUCAAAGAGAGUCUUGAUCAACCGUCCGACGAAGAUACAUUGUCAAACGCCGCCGGUGGUGGUGACUCGGCUAGUUUCGGCAGCGAGUUACUCACAAACUCGGAGUUGACUCAGUCAUCAUCUGAGACGUCGAAUGAAAACGACGCCGUGGAAGAUGUGAUGGAGGAGACAAGUGACGGAGUAGUAGUAAUGAUGAGUGGGGAUUGUGUAGGGUCACAUGUCAGUGAUGGAUCGUCGUCUGUCAACGACAACCGAGAGGAAAGUGUGAACGAAGAAAAAGAACAGCUCAGUCCAAUAUCGAUACUGGAAUGCCCAUUCGAAGAUGAUGCAAUUACUCCUCCUAAUUCGCAUCAACAAGUGACGAACGAGAUGAAUCUCAUGAGAAAAACCAGAAGAACAGAGAAUUUCGUACGAGUUGAGCCUGUGGAUUUAAAGAAACGCAUAGAGGAAUAUGUAAAGAGACAAGACUACAACUCUCACAUGGGAGAAACCAAAGAACAAUGGGAAACACGAGCAAACCGUUUGUUUGCUCAAGUGAAGUCUAGAUUAAUUGAGGAACAACGCCAUUUGCUUGCAUCUCAGAAAGUAGAUAGUCUCUUACUAGAUUUUUUCAAAGAAGAUGCGCAUAACGAGACAAGAGACGAGGAUAAGUUGGUGAAGAUAGUUGAAGAAUGGGUGUUGAGGAGACAAGAAGAAGAAUGUAUGUUUAUGAGUUGGGAAGUGAGAGAGAAGAGAGAGAUCUAUGUGAAGGAAAUGAAAUGGGUUUGUAUCAAUAGUGAAGAGAGUGAUUAUGUGGUUGAAGAGUUGGAGAAUGGUUUAGUCACUGGCUUGAUUGAUGAACUUAUUCUUGAUUUAUCAUUAUGAGGUGAGGUCCGUGCGGACAAUAUUUUUGUCACAUGUUCGUCAUGUUCAUUACACUUAUUAUAUAUGUAUUAUUAUAAUUACAUUUAUGAUACAGUAUAGUUAUGUUAUCAUAAUAAAUGGUCUGAUUGUA